UUUAAAUUCUCUAUUUAAUAUAAUAUGUAAUUGAGGUAAAUAAAAUCAAUUUGCUGUUCUGCUUUUAAGACUUUCAAUGACUUAACUAUAUUAACUUCAAAAACAUGCUUCCGAAAUUACAUCAGACCACUAAAGAAUGUCACAACCUUGGUUCCAUGGACUAUAAUGAAGCUUGUCUCAGAGUUAAAAAUAAGAUGAAUGUAAGCAUUAAUAUGAUGAGAACAACUACAGAAUGCUACAAGUGUGGCAUGCACCUCUGGCAGACAAUAAAUGUAGGUGAUAGUAACCAUCUAGCGGUUCAUACUUCGUGGACACAUACAUUUGGCUUUGUAUCUACACAAGGAUCAUCUUGCGUCUUGACACGCAAGUUUGAGCAACAUAGCAUGUACCAUUGGGAUGCUGAUCUUAGCUGCCAACCUGUGAAAUCACUUCAUCCACCAGACAACCCAUACAUUCCUGUUUACUUGAUCUAUGGAAUAUUCCAAAUAUUUCUUCUUGCUGUCGUUUUGUGGAAGUUGGCAGAGCGGUUUGGAGUCACUGACAAGGUUCUUGAGAGGCUGAAAAAAGGGAAAGGGAGGGAUGCACAGUCAGAAGUUUCUGAAACCGCUACUACAGCUACAGUAACCCAGACCAGCAGAGCUAGCAGUGACUUCCCAGUGUUUCAAGUCAUGGCUAUUCAAGUCUUCAGAGGGUUAACCAUCUUUGGUACUAUUAUAUUCCAUGGAGAAAGCUCUCGAUACUGGUUUAUGAAGCCAAGUGCUUGGAAUGGAAUAAUGCCUUCUGACCUAAUGUACCCUUGGUUUCUGUGGUCUAUGGGAGCAGUGAUGUACCAGAAGUAUCGAACAUCUUUGAUUUUUGGCACCCAACGGUCGGCUGUGUGUUUUGAGAUAUUGCUGCGCUCCUUCCGAUACAUCAUCUUUGGCUUCUUCCUCAACACCUUUGAGGACAACAAUUUAUCCCUUGCACGGUUCCCAGGGGAGAUGCAGCGAUAUGGACUAGUUCAUCUUAUAAUGUUCACUCUGGAGAUGAGUGUAAUGAAAAAGAAAGUCAAGGUCAGCAACAUGACCAAGCCCAGGGAUCUGCUAGACUGUUACCCACAGGCAGGUUUCCUACUUGUUUGCCUGUUGCUACAUCUGGUUAUUACUUAUAAUUUGCCUGUUCCUGACUGUCCCACAGGCUACACAGGUCCAGGAGGUUUCCACAAUUACUCAAGUCAUAAAAAAUGUACCGGAGGUGCUGCAAGAUUCAUUGAUGUUUUGGUGUUUGGAGAAGAUCACAUUUUGCGAAAUGCACCUUGCUUUGAUAUUUACAACUGCUUAUCGUUUGAUACUGAAGGUAUUUUGGGAACACUAAAUGCCCUGUUGACUGUGUAUGGUGGCAUACAAGCUUCUCGAAUAUUUGUAUACUACUCAAAAACUCGGUACCACUUCACCAUGCUGCUCAUUUGGGGAUUCUUUCAGGUAUUCUUAGCCCUGUGUCUCUGUGGAUUCGUGAAGGAGGAAGGGCUGAUACCCCUGAACAAAUCAUUGUGGUCGCUCUCGUUCGCUCUAUUUACUUCCGGAACAGCCUUCCUCGUAUUCACAGCUCUGUACAUGAUCGUAGAUGUAGGCCGAUGGUGGUCUGGAACUCCCUGUUUUGAAGCAGGUUUAAACGCAAUGCUUCUAUAUUUUGGACAUAUAGUUCUGAGUUACUCAUUUCCAUUCUCCUGGGUACAAGUAGAUAAAACAUCUUUUUAUGAGUUUGUGAUUAUGGACGUUAUCACUGUUGCUUUUUGGAUUAUUGUUGUUAUUGUUACAUACAAAAAGAAUAGAAUAUUUUUGGUAUAAA